GGUGCAGGUGCUGAGUGGUGGAGGUGGGAACGAAACGCGCUGGCGACUCUAUGUGGCCACUGGGACCUCCACAAGCGGACGGACACGCGGGGCAGGUGACGUGCCCAUGGCUCUUUUCGCCCAUCCAACCACAAGUCCAUGCCAUACUGAGACCACUCAGGUGUAGCAUCCUCUUCAGCAGCCCUCCUAUUACUACAACUACCUACUCUCAUUGUCCAUGUACUGCACCUCCCUUCGCUUAGCAGCUUCCUCCUCCUCUGCAGCGCCAAAAGCGGACUGUCUCUUGUAGCUACGGGAACAUUGUUGUGAGCGAUGCUGUGGAGAAAAACGUGCUCUUUGUUUAUGAGGCGGCUUGUGUUGCUAGUGCCGUUGUAAAUGUGCGCACAGCGGGGCUACAGCCAGCACAGAUGACCUGAAGCAGGGAGGGAAAGGCGCUUCCAACUACAGCACUUGUUCCACAAAGAGAAAGACAUAUUUUCAUCACCAUGACUGACCAGUACAGUAUGUUUUUGACUGCGGCCCCGCCCCUGCGCAGAGGUAGCACACCCUUACCUGUCAAACACCAGCUGAGGAGAGAGGAGGCUGUGUCUGAGGACUGUGACUGGAUCCCAGGUCUGGAGGAGCCUGCCACGUUGCCUAUUACUGAAACAGCGGUGCCUCGGGAGGAGUCAUUUGGCCAAACGGCAUCUGCCCAGCCAACAUACCACAGUCACGGAGGGGCACUGCGGUUAGUGCUGCUGGGACAGAACGGAGUGGGCAAAUCAUCACUGGCCUUAUCUCUGGCAGGACAGUCGGACCGGUCCCUCUCCAUAGACUCUGAAUCACAGGCAUGCGGUGAAGGCUACGAGUGCUCGGUUACAGUGGAUGAUGAGGACAGCAAACUCAUUGUAUAUGACAACUGGAAACAGGACCUAUCCACUCUCCAGUGCGACGUGUGCAUCCUGGUGUUCUCGGUCACUGACAGACGGAGUUUUCACCGCAUCGCCCAGCUCCGCCUCCUCCUGCGGGAAUCCCAGCCCAACACUCCAAUCAUCCUCGUGGGCAACAAGAGUGACCUGGUGCGCUCCCGGGAAAUCAGCACCGAGGAGGCCCAGUCUAGUGCCAUGAUGUUUGACUGCCUGUACAUGGAGCUGUCUGCCUCUCUGGAGCAUGGGACCACUGAGCUGCUGGAGGCUGCUGUUCGUACGGCCCGGGGGGACUGCGUAGGACCGGGCUGGACAGACGGUGAUCCAGGAGCGGGGCGCCGGGAAAGCCUUACCAGCCGGGCCAAGCGCUUCCUGUCUGGGCUGGUCCCAAGGUCGUACUGCAGGGAGCGGGACAGAGACAGGGGGCGCUACCGAGAGAUGAGCCGUCACCGCGGCAGCAAGAUCUUCAGACAGAAGUCACGCUCCUGCCAUGACCUCAGCUCACUGUGA